AUGGGUGCACUGCCCCAGGCACUUUCACGGUCUGCCUGUGCCUUUGUUCGUGCCGAGAGUAUAAAUUUCUCAGACCAUCAUACGAUCCUUCAAUAUUCAUCUUUGCAAAAUCGGUCUCUUUUCUAUACCUAUCUUCUGCAAGCACCAAUGUCGUUAUGGAAGUGUAUUACGACGGAAGGGCUCCACCAGAUCUCGGAUGCGGAGGCGGUUCGUCUCUUUGGAACAUCGUUCCAAACAGAGCUCGAUCAUCUCAAGCAUGCCAAUACCACCGUUGAGGCUGGGAUGAAAGAAGCCGCUGGCUCUCUAGGAAAUGGGAAACAGACACCAUCGAGAUUCCUCUUCGGGAAUGAUUUCGAUGAAGUCAACCGGACGCUCGUCAGCAUGUUGGCCCUCAGAUGGGUUCUCGCAGAUGACUAUUCGUCUUUCAUAGCCGGCCAGGCUGGUUCUUCCAGGCAGCAGAAGCUUACGCGGGAAUCUUUCAGACAUUUGAGGCAAUAUUUUUCUCAGCGACUGCCGGAUAAUGACUCUAUCUACGCGUUACUUGUGGCGACGGUUAUCGAUGAUAUUGGGAAAGAUCCUCGUCUUGCUGAUAUUCUUGCAAAAAAGAGAAACAACGGUUCAGCUGCCAGCGAUUAUCAUCAUGCCAACCACUCGGAAAUUGUUCUGGAGUCUGCAAAGGCUGGGAUCAUACCAGCGUUGGAAAAUCUUUCGUCGCCUACUAAUCGCGCUGCUAUCCUCCAGUCUCUGGAGAUUGGAGGGAAACUCAACGUCGCCCAGUUGGUACAAGGCGAAGACGCACCGGCAAGCCUAGCCAUUCUACGCACGAUAGCUUAUGGACCUGGUUUCCACAUGCGAGCUAUGGUGACUAUCUUAGACGUGGCAGGUGCCGGAGCUCACAGGGAUGCCCGGGGUUGUAUUGUGAUGACUGAAUCCGUCUACCAAGCGUACAUGUCGACUAUCGAGAUUAUGGAAGGGUUCAUAAACGGAUCCAUACCAUCCGAGAGAGAAUGCUAUGAUCGUGUCCUUCGUGCGCGCGGGGAAACUCUACACAAGAAAGGAUUUGAUCAUCUGUCGACUGAGUCUGAUGAGGAACGGGCACUCCUCCGACUCCUUUGCAUGGGUCGUGUUGACACGAAGGAAUUGGCAGACUGUUUCAGAAGUGCCUUCAUGGAUAUACCGCCGAUCUCAAGAAAAGAUCUAGUUCAGGGAAUGAGCGUCGAUGGGUUGGGUGAUGGUGUUGCAAUCGUGCCAUACUACGCACCUGGGUUGUUGGCAGAGGUAAUGCGGUGUGCUGGCAAGAUGGAUGAUGACUCUGACAGAAGAAUAAAAGCACUAUCGGCAUUCCUGCAGUUCCUAGCUAGGGUGUUUGCCAGCUCGAAACGCCAGCUGGGAACGAUGGGGGCUGUUCUUGAACGAGAUUUAUCUUUUGCCCAAGAUGUCAUCAAGAGUCGCCAUUUUGUCAAUGACCCAUCUAUCCUCAUGCACGUUGAGUUACCGUGGUAACAAUGUCAGAAAUUAUGACUAUAUAUGUUUAUACUCUCUGCUUGGCUCUUGUUAUCGUGGCUUUAUGGUCACUGCUAUAUGUGAUGAAUGUGUUUUUUGCUCUUUAGUGAUGAAACAUGGAGUUCUGAGACAGAAACAAUGUCUCGCUUGCCUGUAUGUAACUCAUCAAGCUUCAAUAACAACAUUUACUACUGGUCU